AUGGAUAUGGCGCGUUCAAAUACCCCUAUUCCUAGUCAGGUCCUCAGAGAGGCCAAUAUUCGGUCUCAUAUAGCAAAAUUAUUUUUCAUCAUCCCUCUUAUAUGUCGAAUAAGGCGUUCAUUGGAUUGGGAAACCCGAUAUAAGAUCUUACUUGGGACUGCUAGAGGGCUCUUAUACCUUCAUGAAGAUUUUAGACUUACAAUAAUUCAUCGAGAUCUCAAACCAAAUUAUAUUUUGUUAGAUAAUUCUAUGAAUCCUAAGAUAUCUGAUUUUGGAUUGGCAAGACUUGUUGGAAGAGAUCAAAGUAGCCAAAUUGGUACAAGUAGAAUUGCUGGAACGUAUGGAUACAUGGCACCCGAGUAUGCAUUGACAGGACGAUUAUCAAUUAUGUCAGAUGUUUACAGUUUUGGAGUGAUCAUUCUAGAGAUAGUAAGUGGUCACAUGUGUAGCUCAACCAUCUUCCCCUAUGACAAAGAAAGUCUAUGUCUACGAGCAUGGAGUUUAUGGAAGGAUAAUGCAACACUAGACUUGGUGGAUCCAAAACUUGAUGGAGUGUUCCCUAUUGAAGAAGCAAUGAAAUGCAUACACAUUGGUUUGCUUUGUAUUCAAGAAGAUGCAAUCAAGAGGCCAUCAAUGGCGACGAUUCUUUUAGCCCUCAAUGGCCACCAUGUAGAUCUCGCGGAACCUGAACCACCCUUGAAGGGUCCAUCAACCAUCAACUCCCAUAGGUUUGCACGAAAUGAGAGACAAAUAUAUUCCAAUGAAUUUUCUUCAUAUUUUGAAGAUAUGACAGAAAUAUAUAUCCUCGAUAGAGGUUGUUUAUGUUACUUUCGCUUGAUUUUUUUAGUUGCUACAGUUACUGUAUCUGCUAUUGUUGAUCAAUUGAUUUUGUUUGCAUAUUACAUGUAUAUUGCAAAAUAUAAUCAAAGGAGAUUUUGUUUAAUUCAUCUGAAUCACUGA